GAAAACAUCUUUAUCAUGUAGUUUGUGUGUGGACGAGCAAACAGGACAGACGUAGCGAUGUCACGACCCGUUCUGUCGACGCAUGUGUUGGACACAUCGACGGGGAGGCCUGCAGCCGCGCUCUUUGUCGAAUUAUACAAGAAGAAAGAAAAUUCAUGGGCUCUCUGGCACAGCACAACGACUACUAGUGAUGGCAGGAUACAGUUUCCGUUCACAAACGACUCGAUGUCGGGAGGAACAUACAAGCUGAUGUUUAAAGUCGGAGAUUAUUAUAAAAUGCUCGAUAAGGAGACGAUAUACCCCUUUGUUGAGAUUACGUUCACCACCAAAGACGGCGAGCACUACCACAUCCCGCUGCUGCUGAGUCCGUACGGAUACUCCACCUACAGGGGAAGCUGAUCAUCACGACGUUACCAAUAAACUUUAUUAUACUUUCUUUUUUUA